AUGCUUCAUGAGAAUGAGGCUUUCAUCCGCCUUCCCAAUGAACGCCUUAUUUAUACAUCCCCGCCACGGACGAGCUUCUCAUUACAACCUCCAAGCGGCUACUCGGGGCGAGAAUCUCUUUCUCUUCAGAGCAAUAGCGGCCUUGUCUAUCUCACAAACCAGCGUAUUGUCUAUUUACCAUCUCAACCCAGUCAAGAACUCCAGUCAUUUUCUGCUCCGCUGUUGAAUCUUCAUGACACGCAUGUCUCUGCGCCCUUUUUCGGACCAAAUGUGUGGACUGCAUUGGUGCAGCCCGUCGCGGGAGGCGGCAUCCCGCCGUCGUUUCCGGCUGUUCAGCUGAAGAUGAGUUUCAAAGAAGGGGGAGCAUUCGAUUUUCAUUCCAAUUUCGAGCGGGUCAAGGAGCGUUUGCAGCAGGCAGUCGAGACUUCUCAGGCUACGAGCAAUUCGCAAGCAUCACGCCGGGGCCAUAUCGACUAUUCAGCCGUUCACCUUGAGGAACUUCCUGCUUAUGAUAGUCCUGGUCACGCGCCUGCUGAGCCCAAUCGUGCCUCACCAGGCUCUGUUCCUUUGUCGGGAUCAGCAGUACACCCUCCGGGUCAAGACGAGAUGCCACCACCUCCCGUAGACAAUAUCGCGACUGAGGACAGAUUCGAACCACCUACGGAACCGCCGCCGGGAUACGAAGAAGUACAGCAGCAGAGUGUGGCGCACGAGCUAGAAAGCCGGUUACGUAGCGCGAGCUGA